AUGGGAUCCCUAGUCGACGUCUUAAUUGUCGGAGGCGGUGUUGCCGGCCUCAGUGCGGCAUCGACUAUUGUUCGGCAAGACCACUCGGUCCUGGUACUCGAUUCACAGCAAUACCGGAAUGGAGGGAGUAAACACAUGCAUACGGUUCCGACAUGGGAUCAUCGUAACCCUGCCGACUGGCGGGCUGCCGCGAAGAAUGACUUCGAACGUUAUGGCACCGUGAGUAUUGAGCAAGAGGAGGCUGUGAAGGCAGAACAGCUGGAAGACGAACUGUUCAAGGUUACCGCUGCUAGUGGAAAACACUGGAAAGCGAAGAAACUGAUUUUAGCAACUGGUGUCGAAGACGUCUUACCGGAUAUUCCUGGAUACUCGGAAUGUUGGAUUUCCGGCAUAUUUCACUGUCUCUACUGCCACGGCUGGGAAGAAAAGGGUGUGAGUUCUUCAGGUGGUCUCGCCAUUGGAGAAAGUGCCUCUGUUCCGGUAUCUCUGCACAUAGCCCGCCAGGCCUUGCGCUUUUCAAAGAAAGUAACCAUCUAUACCGACGGUAAUACGCAGUUGACCGACGAUCUUGAAAGCGCGCUGAAAACUAGCGCUGCACCGAUGGAAAUCGAUGCACGUAAGAUCACUAGGGUCGAAAAGUCUCCCACAAGAGCUGAGGUCACGCUAUACUUCAAAGAUGGAGUAUCCAAAACAGAGGGAUUCCUCUUUGGGAAGCCGCCUACUAAGCUAAGGGGUGACCUGCACACGCAACUUGGGCUUGCAAUGACACCCAAAGGGACGAUAGUGGUAAAUCCACCAUUCAAUCAGACAAGCAUGAAGGGCAUUUUUGCGGCAGGGGAUUGCGCAUCGCCAAUGCAAACGGUGACAACGGCACAAGCCUCUGGCACAAAUGCAGGUGCAGGUGCUCCGCUUCAGCUCCAGGCUGAGAUGUGGGAGCAGACGCCUAUCUUUUGA